GUGGAAGCAGUCAUGCAGCCCAAGGUACAUUCACAAUGCUGUCAGGAGCAUCUUUCAGCUUGGCUCUGCAAGACAAAUCAUCAAUGGCCUUUAAAAGUCUAGCCUUUGACAUCCAGCAAAUGGUAGAUGACAUCUUUCAAUCAAGUGAAGUUCAAAAUGAGUAUAAGAGAUGUGAGGUUUUGCAGUUCAGAAAUGGCAGUAUUAUUGUGGUAUUCAGCCUCUUCUUUGUACAAUGGUUAUCUGAUGUAAAGAUAAAAAAUGAACUGGCUUUGGGCAUUGAAGGAAAUAAAAGUGUCCAUUUGCAGACUUUCUUCAUUGAUGUGAGCAGCAUACAAGCAAAGCCACUGGCACCUUGCUUCAUAAAACAUCCAAAAUCUGGGUGCAUUGUACUCUUCUACAGAGCAUUAGCAAUAGUUAAUGACUGGAUCUUCAAUUUCACUUUGAUUUGCUUCGGGGCUACUUCUCCUUUCUCUGAGUUAGAAGUCUCUGAUGUUCCAUUUUCUGAUUCAAAAGUCUUAGUCGAGCUGCUUGAUGAAUCCCCUGUACCAACCAGACUGAAUGAAAAUGACAUCCCUACCCUAACUGGGUUAGCAGGUUUGGGAACAUACACUACCAGCACUCCUCUGGCAACUGUAGUGAAAUGUUUACCUUCUGAUGAUCUUUGCAAUGAUGGUGUAAGCUGCAUUAAAAAAGACAAAUUUUGUGAUGGAAUUCCAAACUGCCCAGAUGGCUCUGAUGAAUACAAGAAAACAUGCGCUACAUCCUGUGAUGGGAAAUUUAUUUUGAUGGACACCUCUGGGUCUUUCCACUCUAUUCAUUAUCCAAAGCCCUAUAUUUCAAAUUUGGUUUGUCGAUGGAUUAUACAUGUAAACCAAGGUCUGUCAAUCAAAAUAAACUUCACUGCUUUUGAUACACAGCAAUAUGUGGAUACACUAAACAUUUAUGAAGGCCUAGGUCCAGGAAAGAUUUUACGAGCUUCCCUUUGGGGUUCUAAUCCUGGUACAAUUCACAUUUUUUCAAAUAAAGCCACUGUAGAAUUUGCUACAGAUUAUUCUGAAAAUUACAUUGGUUUUAAUGCAACAUAUACUGCGUUUAAUACAAGUGAGCUAAACAAUGAUCAGAAAAUUGACUGCAGUUUUGAAGAUGGCUUUUGUUACUGGGUUCAAGAUUUAAAUGAUGAUGAUGAAUGGGAACGAAUAAACGGGCCCACCUUUCCUAUUACAUCUGGCCCUGAUUUUGAUCAUACAACUGGCAAUCUCUCUGGGUAUUAUAUUUCAACACCAAGGGUACCUGGAGCUAGAACAGUGCGAGUUCGACUUCUAAGUUUACCUUUAGUCCCUGCUUCAGAUAUGUUCUGCCUAAUUUUCUGGUAUCACAUGUUUGGUGCUAAUGUUUAUCGUUUGAGCAUUAACAUCACAUAUGAGCAUGACACUGAAAAGACAGUUUUCCAAAAAGAAGGAAAUUAUGGAAACAACUGGAACUAUGGACAAAUACUUCUAAAUGAAACUUCUAAUUUUAAAGUUGCUUUUGAUGCCAUUAAAAGACCAGGGUGGGAUGAUGUUGCCAUUGAUGACAUAGGAUUAACAAAUGGACUCUGCACAGAAAGUCCUUAUCCAGAACCUACUCACAUCCCCACAGUACCGACAACCCCUUUUCUACCCACUGACUGUGGUGGGCCUUUUGAUCUGUGGGAGCCAAACACUACAUUUACUUCAAUGAACUACCCCAACAAAUACCCCAACCUAGCUACUUGUGUGUGGUAUUUAAAUGCUGAAAGGGGGAGAAACAUACAGCUUCAUUUCCAAUAUUUUGAUCUGGAAAAUAUUGAUGAUGUUGUAGAAAUCAGAGAUAGUGGAGGAGCAGAGUCUUUAUUUUUGGCUGUAUAUACAGGAAAAUCUCCAGUGCCAGAUAUAUUCUCCACAACUCACCAGAUGACUGUGCUCUUCAUUACUGACAAGGCUGGAACUAAGAAUGGAUUUGUAGCCAACUUCUCCACUGGCUACCAUCUAGGUGUGGCAGAUUCAUGUGCACCUAAAUAUUAUCAGUGCGGAAGUGGGGAAUGCAUACCAUUGGUUUACCUUUGCGACCAAACCCAGCACUGUAAAGAUAAGUCUGAUGAAGCAGACUGUGUGCACUUACUUAAUGGUUCUCUGAUCCUCAAUGGAGUGGUUCAAUUCAAGAUUGAGAAUAACUGGUAUAUAGCUUGUGCAGACUCUUGGACUGAAGAAUUAUCAAGUAGUACCUGCCAUUGGUUGGGGUUCGGAACUAUGAAUACAUCGUCUCCUUUACAGUUUGAUGGAAAUGGGCCCUUUGUAAAUGUUACAAAGGCAAUCAACAACAGCUUGAUAUUAACACCAACGAAACUGUGUCUUAAUAAUUUGGUGAUUCAUCUGCAGUGUAAUGAUAAACCAUGUGGGAAAAGGCUGGUUAGUCAGAAGAGUGGUACAAAGAUUGUUGGUGGUACCAAUGCUCGUGAAGGUGCUUGGCCUUGGAUGGUGUCAUUACACUUCAAUUCCAGACCAAUAUGUGGAGCGUCACUUGUCAGCAAUGAAUGGCUGGUCACAGCAGCACACUGUGUAUAUGGGAGGAAUGUAGCAUUAUCUCAAUGGAAAGCAUUACUUGGUUUGCAUUCCACCAUGAAUCUGUCAUAUCCUCAAACAGUCAUGCAAGAGAUUGAUCAAAUCAUCAUAAAUCCCCAUUACAACAAGCGAACAAAAGACAGUGACAUUGCUUUGAUGCAUCUUAAGUUCCACAUCAAUUACACAGAUUAUAUUCAGCCCAUUUGCUUUCCAGAAAAAAAUAAACAAUAUUUGCCAGGAACUAAUUGUUCUAUUGCUGGUUGGGGAAGGACCAUCAAUCAAGCAGGUUCAGUUGCAAGUAUCCUACAGGAAGCUGAAGUCCCUCUUAUAACACACAAAAAAUGCCAGCAACAGAUGCCAGAAUACAAUAUUACUGAAAAUAUGAUGUGUGCUGGGUAUGAUCAAGGAGGAAUUGAUUCCUGUCAGGGAGAUUCUGGUGGGCCCUUGAUGUGUCCAGAGAAUGAAAAGUGGUUUCUGGCUGGUGUGACAUCCUUUGGCUACCAGUGUGCUCUGCCUCAUCGCCCUGGUGUGUAUGUAAAGGUUUCACAAUUUGUUGACUGGAUGAAAAAGAUCAUUCGUUAGCAUUUUUUAAUGAUAAAUUCACAUAAAUUCAAGGCAAGAAGGCAUACCAUUUAAACAGGA